AUGGAGAUAUCUGAUGGCCAAAAUGCCCUCGCUGUCCCUCCACACCAACCACCGGACUUCCCCCAUGCUACUCCCAUGAAACAGCCUUCUGCCAGUUCCUUGGGGAGAGCCCUCGUAACAGUAAGGGACUCGUGGUAUGGCGGCGGAUCCAAACUGAGACGUGUCGCUAGGGUAGCAAUGGACCUCAACUUAAAGGCUGUGAAUUGGGUGCUCAAACGGUAUUUUCAGUUGCAGUCAGACAACGAGAUGAUGCAACCCAAUUCGUCGACAACUGGUUCUGGACCAGCCCCGUACUGGUUGCAAAAGACUACUUACACUCGUCUCAGCAUCGCCGACCUCAUCGUCGUCAGUACUGCACCAUCAGCAUUCAUUUGCGAAGACCCAUAA